UCUCUCUCUCUAUAUCUUCAAGCCCAUUCUUUCUUUUUAUUACUCUCGCUUUCUUACUUCACACACACACCCACACAAAGUAGCAAUUAAUUGAACUUAAACGAAGCCCGACUCCUCUUCAAUUUAGGCAUGUCGGGUAGGAAAGAAACGGUUCUGGACCUUGCGAAGUUCGUAGACAAAGGCGUUCAAGUUAAGCUUACUGGUGGCAGACAAGUGACAGGGACUCUAAAGGGUUAUGAUCAAUUACUUAAUCUCGUCCUAGAUGAAGCUGUAGAGUUUUUAAGAGAUCCUGAUGAUCCUCUCAAAACUACUGAUCAGACCAGACAUCUUGGCUUAAUUGUUUGUAGAGGAACUGCUGUCAUGCUUGUGUCCCCAACUGAUGGUACAGAUGAGAUUGCCAACCCCUUUAUACAGCCUGAUGGGGCCUAAGUGGGAAAUAUUUGUACCUUCUAAUCUGUAUGCUGAUCAAUCCCAUUAUCGCUCUGCUACUGCGCCCAUUAAUAUUAAUAUGGAGAUUCUGAUUAGCAUUUUGUCUAUUUUGUAAGCUUGGAUAUUUUGUCUAUCUUUGAUGCUUUGAAUUAUAGAAUAUCACAAAUUGCAUCCUCUUGUGAUGUGUCCUCAGCUGCUUUGGAUAAAUGAUUUAUCAUGGCUUACAUUUGAACUUAAGUUCAAAGCUAAUCCAAACUUAAUCCUAAUAGAAGUUCUUUGUGGCACCUUUUAUAACAUUUACUUUCCUUCUCAUC